GAGAGUGACCACAAGCAUUCAACAUAGCGCUUUCUAUGAACAUGGGCAAGUCAUACAUGCUUGUAACAUUGUCUUUGCUUUUACUUUUCCAAUCAACUUUUGCAGCACAACAAGACUUCUAUGUGUAUCCAACUAUUCUGCAUGAAAGAACAAAAGACAAAAAUUUGGUUCUACGCCUCAGCGAAAAUCUAACUCUGAAUCUUGAAAAGAGCUCGGUGCUGGCUGAUAAACUACUACUUGUUACGAGCAGUCACGAGGGACAACUGUUGGACACGGUUGACACUUCAGCUAUUCAAGAGGUUCUGUACCAGGACGUGCAUUGUCAAUCCUCUCUCGUCUUACGCCAGAGGGAAGGCGUGGUGCAAGUUGAAGGCAUUAUCAAUCACGAACUGAGAAUAAAGCCUCUACCACAAGACGAACGUUCGUUACAAGAUAAGAUACUGCAUAAGAUCUACAAAGUACAAGAGAUACAGGGUACCUAUAACGACUUCGAGCCGACACUCCCACAAGUUUACCAACGCUCGUAUGAACUCAACCAGCGUAAGAAAAGAGAGCGAAGAAAUUGGAACGCACAUCAUGACAUGGAACAUAAAGAAGAGGAGCGAUCAGCGAACCGAGAUAAGUUUACUGUGGAGCUUCACGUUAUUUCGGACUCGGUGCACCAAAGGUCAUUUAAGAAAAAUGAGGAGUUAAUUGCUUAUCUGGCAGUCAUGACAAAUGCAGUGAACCUAAGAUAUCUGGACAUGAGAAAUCCGCGGAUAAGCUUCAUCCUCGUUGGACUGACACGUAGCAAAGACGAUCCUUUCGCUGAACAUAAGGCGGGCUUUCUUUAUGCGCCAGGUACCUUAAGAGGACUGAGAGAAUAUAAUAAUAAAGGCAAAAUACCUGGAAAUGCUGACAUGGUGUAUCUAAUAACCGGCCAAGAUCUUGGAAAGGAGGAAGAUGGAAAAAUGAGCAAUUUUGUAACAGGACUCGCAUUUGUCGACGGUGUUUGCACACACAAUUUUGUGGGCGAAGGCGAAGACACUGCUAGAACUUACACCGGGACCCACACGAUGGCUCAUGAGCUCGCGCAUAUACUCGGAGCACCACAUGACGAAGCCCAGCCUAAAGAUCCAGAAUGCGCCUGGUCUCAGGGAUACCUGAUGAGCUACGUGGACGGCGGAGUGAAAAGAUAUCAGCUUUCUCCGUGCAGUGAGAACAAGAUACGGACCGCGUUCGGGAAGCUAAAAUCGGAAUGCCUAGAGGUGAAGGCGAAGCACAACUACCAGAAAGACUACAGGAAGUUCCCUGGCCAAACAGUUCGCGAAGAGUUCUUUUGCAGGAAGGUUUUGAAACACCCCAAAGGAACCCAAGAGAAGGUGGUAGUGAAAAAGAACCCCGAGUUUACGAGGAAGUGCAAAAUGGAGUGUUGCCUUGCGGCUUACGGCCGUUUAACCUGCCGAAAAGCAACCAUGCCUUCUGGCAUGGCGUGUGCUCGAGGAAAGACGUGCAAAAGAAAUGUCUGCGGAGUCCACACUUGGGAACAGUUCAAGUGAAUUUACGUCUUUCUAAUCUACGGGAAUGUGGAGCAAACCGGCCAGUGGAUCGCCGGAGAAUACAAGCGCAGCAUAACUCUGCUAAAUAUUAACCAAAACAUUUUCGGUUAAAGUAGUUGCACACGUUUUAUGUAAGGUAAAUUAAUGACACAAUCACUUCAAUUUAAAAAAUUUAGCUAUAUUUUCACCAACCAGUGCUUUCAUUGAAAUAUUUAUGUUCUAAUCACUUUAGGAAAAACGGCGUUUUGGUCACUUAAGUGAUAUGAUUCUAGCGGACCGAACAUUGGCUGGGUCAUUUGAAGAGAAAGAGCUUAGCUAGCUGUGCUCUCAUGUUUUGUUGAUUUUUGGACAGUUACUGUGCUUAGAAAUUUAUAAAAAAAAUUAAUUACAGCGUUCAAUGUCUGAGUCGCUUCAUGAGCGGAUUCUGAAUCUCUUGUUAAAACAGUCAGAUACAACGGCCUUCAGCGAUGAAGCAAUCCGAUGCAAAUACUUCCGCAGAAGCAGUAACCUGAGACCUGACACCAAGUGUACCCAGUGGAAGGCAGCCGAAGCAACAAACAGAAACCAAUUUCUGUUUCAGUGUUCGUUUUCUCCAGAGCCUCCUACAAGCCGAAACUCCUUUACCAUAUUGGCAUGUGUGCUUGUUAAUUUUUUUUUUUUGAGUUAGCGCUUUUCACUGUCUAACAAAUGUUAUCGCUCAGUGCUGGACGCAUCCGCAUGUAUCGGAAGUUUCUCGAAUGUUAUCGAUGGUUCUAUUUUCUGUCUGUUGUCACCAAGGCUUGUGCAACUUGACUGCAUCUGCGACUCGAAUUGUGUAGAACAUCCUGGAAGACACAAUGCCACCAGCAAUACUCUGCAAUCGUCGAUGACGCAUGUAUAAAAGCUGACGCGCUUGACCGGCGGGUCAGAUUCCUAUAAUCGCUAAUGUGUUCCCCGCUAUCCUUGUGCUUUGAGUGUAACUUGCUUUUGUGGGCACAAGUUCGCCCAAUAAAAGUCAGUUUUGUUAUCCGCA